AAGGAAAGACUUACUUUCGCAAAUUUGGUCUCAGCUGCAAUUCAAAUAUGCAAUGGAAUGAAAUUUCUUGCCUCUAAAAAGUGCAUUCACCGUGAUCUUGCUGCGCGUAAUGUUUUAGUUUCGGAUAGUUACGUGAUGAAAGUUGCAGAUUUUGGUUUGGCAAGGGAAGUGUUCGAUAGUGACAACUAUGUAUCUAACACGCAAGCAUAUCUUCCAAUUAAAUGGAUGGCACUGGAGUCUUUAUUGGAAAAAGUGUACACAGAAGAAAGUGAUGUCUGGUCCUUCGGUAUUUUGCUUUGGGAAAUGUUCACACUUGGCCAAACACCGUAUCCUUCUAUUCCUGUUCAACAACUUGUAGCUUUACUCAAAGAUUGUUUGAGGAUGGAAAAACCUGAUCAUUGUCCAACUGAAAUUUACCUCACAAUGCUGGAGUGUUGGAAUGAAAAUCCAAAAAAUCGUCCCACUUUUGAAUUGCUUUUUGCUAAACUUAGGGAGCUUUUACAAGCAAAUAUUAUUGAGAAUUCAAGAAUUGACAUGGAUAACAAUUGGGACAAAGACAAAGUUGUUUGCACAGAAACCGACAUCCUUCACUGCUGAAGUCAGUCGUCCAUACUCAAAGAAGUAUGUUUCUAAUAAUCAGCCCACAAUACAGUUAUAUAUGAAAGCUGAAAAAUGCGAAAAAUAACGUUAACUAAAAUUUUGAUCAUGCAAGUAAAUGUAAAUCCAAUUAGUUGCAGACUUGCAGUUAGUUCUAACUGAAGCAGAGGCUGAGAAAUAAUGUGCUCCUUUUAAGACUUUAACAAUGAAUAGUUUUUUAGCCUAGCUUUCUAAGAAAAGUUUUUAGGUUAUACCCAUAAAGAGGUAGUUCAACCUACGAGUUAGUUGGGAGUUCUGGUUCGAUAGAACGUUCAAGAGGUUUCUCUCGAACACUGAUUUCGUAAACCGAAUAUUAUU